GUUAACACGAAGGGGAGUAUUGUCUACAGUCAACAGUCUUUAUGACCCUUUGGGCUUCGUGGCUCCCAUAAUAAUGCAGGGUAAAGCGCUGCUUAGAGAGUUGUCGUCUGAUGAGAGAGACUGGGAUGCACCCCUACCCGCAGAAAAGGAAGGGAUGUGGCUCUCAUGGAGAAGCUCUUUGAAAGCUCUAGAACACCUCCAGGUACCAAGGUGCUACAGUCCAGGUUCAUUGAGUUCAAUGAUAAAGAAAGAGCUGUGUAUUUUUUCUGAUGCCUCUACUGUAGCAAUAGGAGCUGUGGCUUACCUGUGUACUGUUGACAGUGAAGGACAGAACAACGUGGGUUUUGUUAUGGGGAAGUCAAAACUUGCACCCCGCCCUGCACACACAGUACCACGCCUUGAGCUUUGUGCUGCCGUACUUGCUGUUGACAUGUUUGAGCUGAUCAGAGACGAGUUGGACAUAAAAGUGGACAAUGUGAAAUUCUUCACUGACAGCAGGAUUGUGCUAGGGUAUAUACACAACUCCUCAAGAAGGUUCUACAUGUAUGUUGCCAACAGGGUCACGCGCAUUAGAGCAUCCACACACCCUAGCGAAUGGCAUUAUGUCCCAACUGCUCUAAAUCCAGCUGACCAAGCCACGAGGUCUAUUCCAGCAGCCGAGCUGCAACACAGCAACUGGUUCUCAGGCCCAGCUUUUCUGUAUUCAGACAAAUCUGCAGAGUUACAUGAGACCAACCCUUUCCCACUCAUUGAACCCAAAACUGAUAAAGAGAUACGACCAGAAGUCAAGGCAUUGAUAACUGUAACAUCAGAGUCAUGCCUAGGCUCUCAACGCUUUGAGAGAUACUCAAGCUGGACCACACUCUGUAAAAGCAUAGCUAGGCUUAUUCAUGUUGUUUCAUUCUUCAAACAGAAGACGAAUGAACAAAAGGGAUGAAGAAGUCUCAAUGAAUUGCCAAAUAUUGAUGAACUCAAACAAGCAGAAGCUGUUGUCAUCAGAGCUGUCCAACAUGACGCUUUCAAAAGGACACUGAAAAACACCAAGGAAGGAAAACAGACAAACACAAAACAUGACAGUCUUUAAAAGCUCAAUCCAGUGGUGGACAAAGAUGGCCUCUUACGUGUUGGUGGCCAUCUCUCCUCUGCUUAACUUGAGGAAAAUGAAAAGCAUCCUGUGAUUAUUCCAUCUGCCAGUCACAUUGCUACACUACUUGUGAGACACUUCCACGAACAAGUGGCUCAUCAGGGACGACACAUUACCGAAGGAGCUGUCCGUGGUGCUGGCUACUGGAUAGUUGGAGGUAAGCGUCUUGUGUCUUCAGUCAUUCAUAGGUGCAUCACAUGCCGUAAACUGAGAGGUAAGAUGGAGGCCCAGAAAAUGGCGGACCUACCUGCAGACCGGGUAACCCCCGAACCUCCCUUCACCACUGUAGGCUUAGAUGUUUUCGGGCCAUGGACAGUUGUAACACGACGCACAAGAGGUGGUAGUGCCCAGAGCAAACGAUGGGCGGUGCUCUUCACGUGCAUGUCAACUAGGGCUGUACACAUCGAACUCAUUGAGACCAUGUCUACAGACAGUCUCAUAAAUGCCUUAAGAAGGUUCUUUUCUAUUCGUGGACCAGCCAAACUUCUGCGCUCAGACAGAGGCACCAAUUUUGUAGGAGCAUGUAAGGAAUUGGGCUUAGACACAGACAACACAGCAGUGGGAAACUACCUCCAGGCAAGAGGAUGCUCCUGGGUUUUCAACCCCCCUCAUGCGUCGCAUAUGGGAGGAUCCUGGGAACGGCUUAUCUGGGUUGCAAGGCGCAUUCUGGAUGCAAUGCUGUUACAGAAAGGACCAACAAGUCUCAAUCAUGAAGUCUUGAGUACCUUUAUGGCAGAGGUGAUGGCGAUUAUUAAUGCAAGACCUCUUGUCCCAAUAUCCACCGACCCAGACUGUCCUGCAAUACUCACCCCAGCGAUGCUACUCACACAGAAGAUGGAUACGGUUUCUGCCCCUUCUGGGAACUUCUCUUCAGGACAAUUGUAUGGGAAGCAAUGGAAACGGGUGCAACACCUUGCCGACACUUUUUGGAAAAGGUGGAAAGGAGAAUAUUUGUCCACCUUACAGAGUCGUGCAAAAUGGACUGAAAACAGGCCAAAUGUGAAAGAAGGAGACGUAGUCCUGUUAAAGGAUGCCCAAGUUAACAGGAACAAAUGGCCUAUGGGACUAGUUACAAAAGCCUUUCACAGCAACGACAUGAAGGUCCGCAAAGUAGAAGUACGGAUUGUGAAAGAAGGGACUCCCAAGGUUUACCUAAGACCAAUCUCAGAGAUUGUGGUUCUGCUUUCAGAGACUCAAUGAGUAUGCUUGAAGCAAGAGCAAAAAAGUGUUUAAAUAUGUUGUAUUGAUGUUUGUUGUGAUAUAAUGUGAUUAUAUCAAGCGGGGAGUGUGAUGUCUUUAAUGUAAAGACAUUAUUAAGUUAAGAAAUCAGUUUAUAGUUAAUUAAUAAAUAGGUUUAAUUCAUUGUAAAUCAGUUUUAAGAAGUGUUCCGAGAAAUUAUCAGAGUAAAAUAUCUGUAUGUUGCUUUUUCUUUGUGGUGACUGUUGGAGUAGGAGUGGUGCUCUCAUUACAAUAGUACAUCUGUAACGUGUUUUCUCCAACGGUAAAAAGUCAAGCCAGCUUUCUUGGCUGAGAAACAGAAAAUCUCCGACUUUGUGUUAAAUUUGCUCUUUACACUUGUUCCUUGGAAAACGUUUGUCUUUUUACAAAAACAUGAAGAAAGAAAGAAAGAAAAAAGAAAGA